AGAAAUCCGGAUUUUCAUAUAUACAUCAGUCUUUAUGCUCUUUUAAUUAUCAAGAGGUGAUAGACGAGUUGAAAAGACAACAAAUAUUAUUCAACAGCCUAUUUGUUAACGAAGAGAAAAACUGUUCACAUGAUGUUACCAAUGGUUUGAUGGAAACAUUUCAAAAUUCAUCAUCUUCAUCGUCUAUCGUUCCUGAUGAAGUGAAUGAUGGUAUUAUACAUAACUGUUAUAUAACGAAUGAGAUAUUUCUUCCAUCUAGAUGUCCAGUAUUCUGUACAAUAUGUCAUAGAAAUCCUUUUAUAGAUAAUAAUAUUAAUAGUGUAUCUUCCAUGAAUGUGUUAAUCAAUGAACAAGAAGAACGUCUCAAAGCUUUAAAUAAAUACAAAGUUGACGACAAAAAGAAUACAUUAAAUUUUGAACAAAAUCAAAUUUAUUUAACUACAUUACAACGUCGAAUAGAUAUGAUUUCAGAAUGGAUUAUACAUUUUAUAGACGAAACAGUACUAUCAUCAUCAUUCAAUGAUGAACUCAAAGGAAAUGCAGAAAUGUAUGUAGAUCAAUUAAUGAAAAUUGAAGAGUUACUUCAAAGUUGUCACAGUGAAUAUGAAAAUAUUGUUUAUUAUGUUAAUGAUAUCAAUGUACAAAUACAAUUAGAUUUAUCAAUACUACUUAUAAAUUGUCUACAAGUAUAUAUUAAUCAGUUAACACAAAAGAUUAAAUAUGAAUGUGAAGAGAUUUUAAUAUAUAUCAAGACAAAUGUGAAAUGUUUAAUUGAACAAAUGAAAAUGAUGUUAUCAGUUGAUGUUGAUGAUAUUAUGUGUAUACAAUAUCCAUGUCAUCAAAUUAAUCAGAGGAGAUGUACUUCAUUGAACAAUAUUCAGGAAAUUCAGUUUAAAUUGUUGUAUAUGACAUGUAUUCAUAAUCAUUUGGUUAAUUUAUGUAAAAUAGUCAAUUGGAGCAGCAUAAAUGCUCAUUCGGAUACAACAGUUUUACUGCGUCAAUUUUGUUGUUCCUAUACUUAUUUAAAUCGAAUAAAUCAAUACCUUGAAUACUAUAAUAAUACUUAUCAAGAUGAAACUACCGUUUCAAUAAAACUGGGGUCUAGUUCGACAUUAUCUGCUUUGAAUUCACUUCAAGAAGGAUCGAGACAGAAAAAUUCUAUUGAGGAUAUUAUUCCCGAAAAUGAUAUCAAGCCAAUGUCUCCAUCAUUAUUUCAAGCGGAGUUUGAUUAUUCGUCAAUAACAACUGUGAGAUCAUUCAAUAAAGAAAUCCAGUCAAAUGUUCCUGAUCAAAUAGAUUUAGAUAAGAGUUAUUUAAAAGAGAAACAUAACGUAAUAUCGAGAAAAUCAUCUGAUUUAUUAAUCACUGAGCCAUCUUCAUCAACAUCACCAUCGUUGUCAUCAUCAGCGUUAUUAUUGAUGGAUUCAAAGAAUAAACAGUUAGUCUCCAAAUCAUACACUGCAAAGUCAACAGAUUAUUCUGUUGAUAAUGAUGACAUCACUUCAAAAAUAGUUAUUGAUAAUAAUAAAAGAAGUCCUAUUAAACACAAUCCCGUUCAUAAAUUGUGUUCAAAUCCGUCGACUAUUGUCACUAAAACAUUUCAAUCGAAUUCUGAUGUGUAUGAUUUACUGUCUCAAGUUAAACUGAGUCUAAUCAAGGUGGAGCGUCAUUUAAAUGAACUGGACGCAUAUCAUGAUGAUGGUGACGACGACGACGAUAAGAGUGUUCAUUCUGUUAAUCAAGUUGGUGAAUCAUUAUCAUUACCUCAUUUGGCUACAUCAUGCGAUCAGUUGAUAAAAUUCCUGGGUCAACUUAAAGCUUAUGAUUUUCGAAUAAAUUCUACGAAAUCUCUAUUGAAGUCAACUGUACCAAGUAGUAGUACAUCACUUGUUGUUACCACUGAUCAAGACGAAUUAUUGAAUGAAUUGAAUAUUGUUUGGCGAAAACUAAUUGUAGGUACAAAAAAAUGGAUUUCGAAACUACAAUAUUAUUCAUCAAACUCCUAAAUCAAUAUACUUAAUUGCUAUGGUGAAACCAAAUUAUAAUAAUAUCAUUUUGAAAAAUAACGAUUUAUCAACUAUUGAGAGUAGAAUGCAAAGUGUACAUAAUGUCCAUGCUAAACCUUUGACAAAAUUAUUUGAUCUAAAACAAAUAACUGGUUUACAGUUUUAUCCUUAUCCUGUUCUUCAUCAUGAUAGUAAUGAACAGUCUAAUUUCAGCAAUAAUCUUACAGAAUCAUCAAACAACAAAAUUAGACAAAUUCAUUUUAAUCUAACGAAUUCAAUCCAAAAUAUGUCGGAAAAAUCGAUCAUGCCAAUUAAUACAACUAUCAUCAGUAAUUUCAUGAAUUCACCAAACUGCAUUUGUAUCAUCAGCACUUCUUAUAAAUCAGGUAAAAUAAACAUAAAAAGUACAUUUAAAAUAUCUUACAAAAGAAAUGUUCAUUUAAACGAUGAACUAUUAAUAAAUUCACCAUUGAAUCAAAUGUCUACAAUAUUGAACAGAAAUAUUUGUGAAAUCAAUUGCGUCAAUAAACAUCAUGAUAAUAAUGGUGCUUCUGAUCUUGAUCUUGAUGGUGAUGAUGAUGAUGAUCAUAAUAAUUCAUUACGUUACUCAAUUAAUACUAUAUUUAAAAACAACUAUGAUCACUGUAAAUUAUUUAUUCAAAAAAAACUAUUACAAAACAGUUUACCAUUUAUACGUAAUAAUAAACCUCAUUUAUUUCCUGUCUAUAGUUCACCUUCAACAUCACCAUCAUCACCUCUUCCACUGCCUGGUUCUAGUGUUCAUUAUUCACAUUAUCAGAACAGAAGUGUUUUGUAUAGAACGACAUCAUACUUAUCUAAACGUUUAUGUAGUAGUAUAUUCAUGAAAUUGUUAUCAUAUUUUAUAUCCUUGUGUAUAGUAUUAUAUCUUAUUAAUUUUCUGGUAAAGUCUUCAUUUUCUCUACCAGAUAAUCUGUUAGUUAUACAUAAAGAAGAUUGUAGACAGCAGACGUCUUCACAAAUAUUCUUUUAUUCAUUAUUGUCAUGGAUUAAACGAAUAGGCGUGGACGGUGUUGAUGUACCACAAGGAAAUGUCAGCUUACUUAGUGAAAAUCCAUUGACUAGAACGUGGCCAGAUAAUGCACCACCGUUUUAAACUAAAAAUCAUACAAAUAUUCAAUAACCUUAACAUGUGUAUGAAUGUUCGAUGAAUAUCACUAUAUAUGGUUGAUUAGAAUGUGGAAGAAAGCAUGUUUUUAGUUUAUGGGAUUGUACUUCUCAUUUCUUCCCAUUUAUACAUAUAUGGAAAUAUAUGUAAUAAUAAAAACGCAAUCAGUAUACC